GUGCAAGUGUUGAAAGAAAGUAUAUAUAUUCAAAAGAAAAGCAAACAUGGACUAUCGAAGCAAAUUUUUGACAGGGCUUGGUUUGAUUUUGUUGCUGCUCGUGGGAAAAAUUUCAAUUAUUACAGAAAAUAAUGUAGAAGAAAAGGAAAUCAAAUUUGACACGUUGGAGAGUGAUAUCUGUUCUCUUUACGAUAAUUUAUCAGUAAUUGAUUAUGUACUUUUCGAAAGAGAGUACAAUCCGUUGGUAGUAAUUAUAGCCGAAAAAUUUAUUGACGGUGUAAACAGAGUUAUGAAUUUGAGUGAGAGCUUAAGAAUUCUGAACGUUUAUGACCCUAGGCGCAUCCCUUAUAACAGACAACUGCAUGAAAUGAUAUUGGAAAAUAUUUAUCUCUUUGAAGUCAACGACUCAUAUUAUUUCGUUUAUCCACUAAAUAUUCAGGACCAUUUUUUGACCAUAUAUUCCCAAAAAAAGCUAUUAAAGGACAAUUUAGACAUUACAUUCGAUUUCGUUAAUGUAAACAAAGAGUAUUCUGUCUUUGAAGAUAUUUUCAUUCCACUCCAACCAAGCUGCACCAAUUGCCCUCUUGUAAAAUAUAUAAACGAAAAACUAGAAAAAGGUGAAAGCUUUGCAGAAUUAUUCGAGUUACGCAAACAAUUAUUUAGAGAGAAGGAAACAAAAAACUUAUCCUUUGCAUUCAAUAAUGACAUUUGUACUUCGAUGGGAUUCAACGUAAAUUCUCAAAGUGCGAGUUCUUUCUUGCAUUUUAACACGUUACUAAAACAAAUUCAAAGCAAUAGCAAAAGUCUAGAAACUAAAAAAAGAAGAACUGUGGAAAGAAGUUUAAUUUGCAUUCAGUCAAGACAUCCGGAAGUGGAAGAUGUUAUUUUCAAAAAUAAUAGUAAACUUAUUACUUUAAAGAAUCUUAUGAUUAUGAUUGAUUAUUUAAAUUGGGUCAAUGACACUAUAUCUUCAUUGUAUAUCAAUGAUACUUCAUAUGGCGGUCUUUGUGAAAAUGAACACAAAAUAGAAACACUUGACUUAUUUUGUUUUAUGAAAGAAACAUCAGAUGUUACAUCUCACAACAUAACAGCAUGGAUAGAAGUCCUAAAAGAACUUGUUGCAAAAUCAGUGAUAAGCAAAUUAAAAUGGUUUAACGACUUAAUAUUUUUGUAUACAACUGAAUAUAUUAUAAGAAACAAUUCAAUUUCCUUUGCACUUGAUUAUCUUAAAGAGGGAAUGCUAAAUGUAACUAAAAGUUGGAGUAAAGUAAUGACUGCUGCUUAUAACCUUAUUGUCGAGAAUUCUCUGACUGUCAAUAAUAACAACUACGAACCUAUAGACAAUACAAUCUGUACUAUUUACGAACAUUGGAAAACAAUUGAUGAUUUGCUUCUUGAGGUGAAAUUCAAGAAAUUAGUGAUAAUUGUAACAGAUGAUAUGACAACAGGAAUUAAAACUGUUCACCAAAUAAGAGCUACCAGAGUAGAACCAAAACUAAGACGAGAAGAUCUUCAUUAUUCAGAACAGUUUCUGUACGAUGUAAUUAUGAAACAUAUUUAUUUGGUUCAAUCAAAUGAUACUUAUUAUUACAUCUACCCAACGACUACCAAAAGGCAAGAAAACUCAUUGAUUGGCUAUUUGGAAUACAAAAUGAUUCGAGAUUAUUCAAAAGUUGUGUAUUAUUUUAUUAACUUUUCGAAUUAUUUUAAUGAACCAAAUAGUCUUCAUUACAUUGAUUUGGCUAUUCCUGCACUACCAGUUUAUUGUGACAUAAUUUCAAAAAAUUGUAAGACUCGCUAUAUUAGUCCCUCAUAUUUAUUGAAAGUACAUCAAGAAUUUUUUCACCGUUUUCCAGAACAUUUUCAUUUAUAUGCUUCCUUUUAUAAUAAUUUUCUAGAAUUUGCGAAUAAUUACGAUCAACAUUAUAAAGGCAAUAUUAACAUUACAUACUUUUUGGAAUUUCGUAACUUUUUGAAACAAGAAAUUUCUUUUGACGUAAAUUAUUUAUUUACUGAUUUACCGUGCUUACCUUCGAGAAAAUUAAAUAGAAGAACUGAUAUUGAUUUUAGUUUGACUAAACUAGUUGAUGUUUUCUACAUCUAUAAUUUAUUUUAUUUUUCUAAUAAAGAAAUAAUGUUAAUAAAUGACGACGACAAUACUAAUUUAGAAUCUCUUUGUAGUAAGAAAAAUAUUCUUAAAUUUCUUAAAUUUUUUUGCUUUUUAAAAAUAAAUUAUGUUGACGGUAUACUAAGAGAUAUUGAUCAAAAGUCGUAUUACAUUUACCAAAUGGAAAAUGUUGUUAAAAACAAUAAAAACUUUAAUAUCAAAUAUUUGUCGGAAACUAUAAAAUGGAUAGAAAAAUUAUUCUCACUGAAUUACAUUCAAUUUAAGUAUAAUGAGUCACGAAUUUAUAAAUUAUCGAACUCUCUUUACUCUCAAAUACCAAAAAUUACCUCAAACGGUGCUGAUGUGUCUAACAAAAUCUAUUCAAUUAUUAAAAACAACACGAUUUUUUUGAAAUGCAAGAAAUUAUUAUGAACUUUAGAAAAUGAAUAUUAGAUUUAGAAAAUUAAAAAAAGUUAUUUUUAUAGUUAAAAUUUUUGAACGAAUAUGCUGUAAUAAUAAUAUGUUUCUGACAAAUAAUUAAUGUAAGUAAUUUAAUAAAAAUUAAUUGUGACUCUUAAAUUUAGAAAUCUUAGUCGUUUAUUGACAAAAGCUAAAAAAAGUUUAAAUACAAAAAUUCUUUUGUUUCUUGAAGAAAGCCUUUUAUGAUAAUGGAACUAGCAACACUUCUUACUGACUUUUUUAAAUAUAAAAUUAGCAAUUUUAAAAAUAAUAGAAUUUAAAAAUUUUCUAAUUUAAAUUUUUGUUAAAAACACUAAUUACAAUUUUCAAUUAAUUAUAAAAU